AUUAAAAUGGUAGAUGGUAAAGUGUCGAGCGAUCAGUAUCUUGAACCCAUUUGAUGAGUAUGAGAGGUUAUCAUUUAAUCAAACAUAUUUUUUAUUGAAACGACAAUGGUGACUUUAAGAUUGAUUAUUAGUUCCAGAUUUCAAAGAAUUCUGCGUAGUAUAUUACGCGAUGAUCUCGUUGUCAGACCUAAUAUCGAUGACAGUAGCCAUAAACUAUACAAAAAUUUCAAGAAAUUCGUAGUACAUUUUCUCUAGUCUAUAAGAACUUCGUUAAUGUAUUUGAUUGCUUGCUCGUUUCUGCAUUCUUGGAUUACUCGAAUGCUUUUAGCACAUUUAUCUACAAUAUGCAUUAUUAAUUGUAUCCUCAGAAAGCUCUCCGAUUUCUUUCUUUCCGCUAUCAUCUCCAUCACAUCAUCAAUAUGCCGAUGCACAAUUCGAAAAAUGCAGUUGCUACUAUUGGGCAAAUUAAUGUGUCGCAUUGCAAAGCACGAAUAUUCUGAACACAUAUAUUUUUGUAACGUUAAUCAGAGUGAUGUUAUUGUGCUAUCCUCUCGAAAAAAAUGGAAUCAAAAUAAGGUCUCAACAAAUAAUUGAGAGUAGCCGUACCACUAUAUUUUCCCUAAAUGAAACCCUCCUAAGUAUAUAUGGAAAUCAAACGUUCUUUAGGUGAUGAUGCCAUCUUUGACCUCAGCUAAUUGAUGACAUUUUGUCACGGGUUUCGCAUCCUCUGAACUAGCUUUACCAAAGGUAAGAGACGUGAUCAAGAAUAUUAUUUAAGGAAGAGAGUAGGGAUUGGAUUUGUAUAACUUUAGUAUGCAUCAAAUUUUUCUGAAGUGAAAGUUACAGAUAAUCAUUUUUAUUAAAA